AUGCAGGCCAUCCUCGACUCGGUGCUAAAUCCACUUCCCUACCAUCUGCUUUGUUAUGGAUCUCUCCUCGGCACGGAGAUCUACCAGAGCUUCGUCAACACCAAGAUUUGCUACCAAGCGCUGCCUAUGCGCCAGUUCAUCGUGCUCCAGAACCGCGUGUUUCCCACCUACUUCCGUUGCCAGGUGGGCUUGGUCUUGUUGACGGCCGUGACACGCCCCCCGUAUAGCCUUGGCUCUUUUGAACAGCACCCAUUGGAUUCAAUUCCAUUGGCGAUUAUGCUGUUUACGGGCCUGUUGAAUUGGUUUGUUUAUGGUCCUCGAACGUCCAAGACUGCUGUUGUCCGAAGGUCCCUGCAAGAACAAGCGAAAGACGAAAACAAUACCCACCCUACAGAUCCAGACAAGCUGUACCAGGUAAAUCACAGGUUCUCGCGUAACCAUGCCAUGUCGAUUCAUCUGAAUGCUAUUGCGCUGGUUGCAUCAAUCUGGUACGCCUUUUCUCUCAGUUCCAGCAUCACUAAGGGUCUGUAA